AAAUACCAUUACCUCCUUCGUCUUCCUCACCACUAUCACCACCUUCCACUCUUUCUUCUCCUUCAUUUGAACUCUUAUAUCCCCUCUUUCUUCUCUCUCUGUGUCCACUAUUACACUCGCUUCACUAGGAACAUGGAGUCUUGUUUCUUCGAUAAGCUGAAAACUGAUCACCCUUCCUGGUUUCUCGUGCUUUGCGCUUUGGGUUCCCUCUCGCUUCUGAAAUUUUCACUUGCUUUUGUCAGAUGGGUGUACGCAAAUUUUCUCAGGCCUCCCAAAAAUCUGAAGAAAUACGGAGCUUGGGCACUCGUUACCGGACCCACCGACGGUAUUGGAAAGAGUUUUGCGUUUCAGUUGGCUCGCAAAGGGCUUAAUCUUGUCUUGGUGGGUCGAAAUCCUGAUAAGUUGAAGGAUGUUUCCGAUUCGAUUCUUGCCAAGUUCGGGAAAAUCCAGAUUAAAUCUGUCGUUGUUGAUUUUUCCGGCGAUCUUUCAGAGGGUAUGGUUAGGAUUCGUGAGGCGAUUGAAGGAUUGGAUGUGGGAGUGUUGAUUAACAACGUGGGAAUGUCGUAUCCUUAUGCCAGAUUUUUCCAUGAAGUAGAUGACGAGCUCUUGAAGAAUCUGAUUAAGAUAAAUGUUGAGGGUACUACAAAGGUCACACAAACUGUUCUUCCCGGCAUGCUUAGCAGGAAGAAGGGAGCAAUAGUAAACAUUGGCUCUGGAGCAGCUACUGUGAUUCCUUCAGAUCCACUUUAUUCUGUAUAUGCAGGCACAAAAGCGUACAUCGAUCAGUUUUCGAGAUGCUUAUAUGUUGAGUACAAGAAGAGUGGGAUUGAUGUGCAAUGUCAGGUUCCCUUAUACGUGGCGACGAAGAUGGCAUCAAUAAGGAGAUCGUCGUUCUUUGUUCCAUCAACAGAUGGAUAUGCAAAAGCAGGUUUGAGGUGGAUAGGAUAUGAGCCUCGUUGCACGCCAUAUUGGCCUCAUUCUCUUCUCUGGGCGUUGACAUCUGUAUUGCCUGACUUCAUUAUUGAUACUUGGCGCUUUGGUUUCUGCCUUGGUAUCCGCAAGAGAGGCCAACUCAAAGACUCCAGAAUAAAGAAGGAAUGAUUGAAGAUUUGAUAGUUCUUUAUAAUGUUAGAGCAUGUUGUUCUCCUUCUUGGUCUUUUCCCAAGAAUGUUAGCACAUUCAUUAUAUGUUUCAAGUUUCAAAUGCUGGUUAUAUGUUUCUGUUUUCAGCUUACUGUACUUGUGGACUGUGAGUGUUCUAUAUUUGCAAAAAUGAACAUGGAUAUUUGUGGA